CCCCCCAAAAAAAUUCCGUUAGUUUAUUCAGUUCUUACAUUUUUAAUACAUGAUAAUACCGUCCUUUUAUUUAUGUUCUGUUAGAAUCUUUCAAUUUUCCAGUUCUCACUUCUAUAUUGCUAUUUGCAGUGGACUUUCUAUCCUUUCAUCUUCAAGAGUAAAAAGAUCAAUACAGUUCUGGUUUGAUGCAGGGUGCUAGCGUAUUUAGUUGCUCCUCAGUUUCUCCGAAUCAUCAUGUUUUAUUCUACUCGGCUUGUUGGACCAUAUUAUCAUUGCCGAGAGGUUCAAAGAUUGCCAGGUUGCCAAAACCAAGUAAUGUGCUAGAAGUCAUCUUAAUUAAUUUUCCUCAAGCUGCAGUAUAUGGUUGUGGUGAUUUGAGUUUUUCAUCACACAUGAUCUUCACCCUAGUCUUUGUGCUCACCUAUCAGAAAUAUGGAACACAAAGGUAAAACAUAGCUUAUUCCUUUCACUUCUUUUAAGCCGUAUCCCCAAAGAACCGAGCAAGUGUUUUCUUGCUAAUCGUUGAUGCCCCUAUUUGCUGUUGAUUUUUUUCUGUUGUUGAUUCUGGUUUCCGUCCCCCUGAGCAUGGAUGGUACGAACAGUGCAUAGAUCUCCUCUUCGUGGCCGACAGUAUGGCACGGGGUCUUGUAGAGCAAGGCAUGGGCAGAUAUGGGCACGAUGUGGGUCUUGCUUGGGGUGCUGGAAUUGGCAAGACCAAUGCAGCUCAAUUAAUUAGCUGCUGGUGUUCUUCAAGUAGGAGCAUGGGUGGCUGGAUGGGGAGCCGAGCCUUUGUCUGCUCAUGGGUGGUGCUUGGGCAACAAGGUAUGGGCGUUGCUGCUUGGUUGUCGUGCUUUACGUGGGGACUAGUGUUUUAAUUUAAUUUGGGUUUUGAUGUAAAGAGAAUCUAGCUUGAAGGGA